AGCGGCGUGUUUCUCUUUCCGGGGAUUCCCAAUAUCCUGGCGGGUGGACUCGGCUUCUUCAGUCAGUCCCUCGCCGCGGCGUACCGGGUUCUCCAGUCCUUCGUGCCGCAGGACCCCAGCUUCCCGGGCCGCUGCUCUGGCCGGUUCGCCUCUGCCGUCAACAGACCCAUGGCCGAACGUGGGGAACUCGAUUUGACCGGCGCCAAACAGAACACCGGAGUGUGGCUCGUCAAGCAUUUCAGAGAACCAGCAAUAAGGGACAGAGGCAAACUGGAAAAUGAUGUACUUCACUAUUGGUGUCUUUCUUCCUUCCCCUUAUUCUAAGGUUCCUAAAUACUUGUCCCAGCAAUGGGCUAAAGCCCCUGGAAGAGGUGAAGUUGGGAAACUGCGGAUUGCUAAGAAUCAAGGAAGGACUGAGGUGUCAUUUACUUUGAAUGAGGAUCUUGCAAAUAUUCACGAUAUUGGCGGAAAACCAGCUUCUGUCAGCACCCCUAGAGAACAUCCAUUUGUCUUACAAAGUGUUGGAGGACAGACAUUAACAGUCUUUACUGAGAGCUCAUCAGAUAAGCUUUCAUUGGAAGGAAUAGUCGUACAAAGAGCUGAAUGCCGACCUGCUGCCAGUGAAAACUACAUGAGAUUAAAGAGAUUGCAAAUAGAAGAAUCUUCCAAACCUGUAAGGCUAUCACAGCAACUGGACAAAGUGGUGACAACUAAUUAUAAGCCUGUUGCUAAUCAUCAAUACAAUAUUGAAUAUGAAAGGAAAAAGAAAGAAGAUGGAAAACGAGCUCGAGCUGAUAAACAACACGUUUUAGACAUGCUAUUUUCAGCAUUUGAGAAACAUCAGUAUUACAAUCUUAAGGACUUGGUGGACAUCACAAAACAACCUGUGGGCUACCUAAAGGAAAUCUUAAAAGAAAUUGGUGUGCAGAACGUAAAAGGAACCCACAAAAACACAUGGGAGCUGAAGCCAGAGUAUAGACAUUAUCAAGGAGAAGAAAAGAGUGAUUAAGAAGACUUUCGACCAGCAUGCUAACAGAACAACUAAAGGGUGAUGUGCUAAGGAAAUACCAUUGAUGCUCAAAUACUUGAGGUCCAUCUGUUAUAGGGGUAAAAUGACUGGAACUGUAAUUUCCCUAUGUAAAUUUUUUAAACAAUAAUUCUUGUAAAGUUACUUACGUGUUUUUUGACGAACGAAAUUAUUUAUAGGCUUGUAUUAAACUAGAUUAUUCAGGAGUGGGUGUGGGAUUGGGGCGGUUAAUAAGGUUUUUCUCUUUAAAUAUUGACUUUUAAAAUGUAAAAUUAGGAAAUGAUUUCUGAAUAAGGACUCUCUGUCCUUGUCUUAUGUCUGAGGAGCUGAGGUAGUGCAAAUCCAAAGUGAAUGGCAAAGCAAGAAAAAAGUCAACUACAGAAAGUCUUCAAAGCAAUAAAAAACCAAAGUUCCUUUUUCUGAAA